AUGAUAUCAAGAGAAGAUUCUUUUAUGUUAGUUGAUGAUCUAAAUGAAGAACCAAAUUCAAAUAAUCAAACAAGUACUCCAGGAGUUUCUAAUUGUAGAUCUCCAGCUGAUCCUCAUUUUGAAUUUAUUGAUUCACGUUGGAAAUGCAAAUAUUGCUCUACAUCUUAUGAAAAUAGACAUACAUCAACAUUUUUAAAACAUUUAAGAAACAAGCAUAAAGAAAAACUUAGAGAUACAUCAAAUUAUAAUCCUGAAUUUAAAGAUGAUGAAUUUAGAAAAAAAUUAUUAAAAUGGAUUGUAACAGAUGAUCAAGCAUUUAUGACACUUGAAAAUUCCAAAUUUCAAGAUAUGUUAAAAUAUUUGCAACCUAAUCUUCAAAUUCCAACAACUACUACAAUUAGAAGAGAUUUAGAUAAAUGUUACGAUAAAACAAAACAAAAAUUAGUCGAAAAUUACAAGUAA